GUUUAAGUGCUCGUAAUCUCUUGCCGCGAAACAACUUCGAGGGUAUAGCAUCCAAGCAAUUUGAGGAUAUGACUAUUUCUGCCCAGAUGGGUGACGCCGUGAAGAUAGUGCAGGCGUUAGAAUCAUAUCAACCAUCAAAUAGUCGUUCUCAAAUCGUCAAGAGCGGAAAUACAACCAUUAUACUAGAUGCCUAUAAUGCCAAUCCAUCUAGUAUGGAAGUGGCCUUAUCUAGUCUAGCUCAGAGUCUAGCUGAUCUUAGUACUCUUCGCCAGAAGAUGAUCUGGCCUAGUGAUACGGUGGUGCUAGACGUCCAGCCAAUUAUUCCAGAAAAUCAGCACAACUACCUUGGAAGAAUCGAUUACAAUAGUCAUUACGCCAAUGGUUUUGUUCGCUUCAACACCACAUAUGAAGUCAAGGCUGGUCGGGAGCAGCGUAUUCAGCAGACUUAUGUCAAAGCACCAAAUGGUUUUGGAAAUUAUGCCUGGCGCGAUUUAAACAACAACGAAAAAGAUUUAGUGACGAUGGAUGCUUCUAAACCAUUGGUUGUGCGCAAAGAACCAGCUUGGAUGGCGGGUGUAGCAGGAGCUAGCAUCUCGAGCCCUGGACCUUAUGCAAAAAAUGCCAAUACUUAUUACAAUGGUAAUUUAUGGACAAUAAAUGAACCUAAGAUUAUGGGCAUAUUGAACUUGACUCCUGAUUCAUUUUAUGAUGGUGGGAAGCAGCAAAAUAAUAUGGAGGCUUUGAAACACAUAGAAAAUAUGAUAAUGCAAGGUGCCGAUAUUAUAGAUAUAGGCGCCAUGAGUUCCAGACCCUUCAGUCAGGAAUUGAGUAUUGAAGAAGAACUAUCCAGACUGAGUGGUGUAUUAAGUUAUGUAGUUAAGGAAUUUCCUCAAACAAUAUUUAGUAUAGAUACUUAUAGAAGUGAGGUAGCUAAUUAUGCGCUCGACCAAGGGGUUUCUAUUAUAAAUGAUAUAACAGCUGGUACAAAAGAUGAACAAAUUUUAGCAGUGGCUAAACGAUUCAAUGCUCCCUAUAUAGCUAUGCACAUGAAGGGCAGUCCAGCCAAUAUGCAGAAUAACCCAAAUUAUGAAAAUGUCAUAACGGAGAUUCUUUAUUUCUUUAGCCAACGAUUACAGAUUAUGCGGAAAAUUGGAAUAUCAGAUAUUAUUUUAGAUGUGGGGUUCGGCUUUGGUAAAAGUUUAUCUGACAACUAUAACCUGCUUAAAAAUUUAGCUAUUUUUCAGGAGUUAGAUUGUCCUCUUUUAGUAGGCUUAUCUAGAAAAAGUAUGAUUUAUAAAUGCCUAGACUGUAUUCCUCAGGAAGCACUGAAUGGAACUAGUGCAUUGCAUUUUGAAGCCUUGAGAAAUGGUGCGAAAAUACUGAGAGUUCAUGAUGUGAAGGAAGCAGUAGAAGUUGUCAAACUAUAUCAGAUGGGAUUAAAAUGUGGUAUCGUAGGAUUACCAAAUGUAGGAAAAUCAACUAUUUUCAAUGCAUUAACGAAUGCAAAGGCACAGGCUGCUAAUUUUCCAUUCUGCACCAUAGAGCCGAAUGUAGGAGUAAUUACUGUUCCAGAUCAGCGAUUGACAAAAAUAUCAGAAAUAGUCAUUCCAGAGAAAUUAGUACCGACUACGGUAGAAAUAGUAGAUAUAGCAGGGCUAGUGAAAGGCGCUAGUAAAGGAGAAGGUCUUGGGAAUCAGUUUCUCGGCAAUAUUAAGGAAACCGACGCUAUACUGCAUGUGGUUCGCUGUUUUGAAGAUGGAAAUGUGAUCCAUGUAGACGGUAGUGUAAAUCCUGUGCGAGACAAAGAGGUUAUAGAUAUUGAGUUACAGCUAAAGGAUCUCGAAACAGUCACUAAGACUAUGCAGAAGUAUGAAAAACAAGCAAAGGUGGGUAGUGAUAAACAGGCGAUACAGGCUAUGGAGCUUCUCCAUUUAUAUAAAGAAUGCCUUGAAGAUGGUCGAUCAGCAAGAACUAUUCUCGUUCGAGAAGAUCAAGAAUGGGUCGUCAAAACACUUAAUUUAUUGACGAACAAACCUAUUCUUUAUGUCUGUAAUGUAGACGAAGCAUCUGCCAAGACUGGAAAUGCACAUGUAGAAGCAUUAAAAAAUGCGGUAAAAGAUGAAAAUGCAGAAGUUCUCAUCAUCAGUGCAGCUAUAGAGGCGGAUAUAGCGCAGUUAGAGAGUUUUGAUGAUAGAAAAGCAUUUCUUUCGGAUUUGGGGCUUGAACAAUCUGGUGUGGAGCAGCUCAUUCAGAAAUCGUAUUCACUCCUUAAAUUAAUAACCUAUUUCACUGCUGGUGUGAAAGAAGUUAGAGCCUGGACUAUUCAUACAGGUGAUACGGCACCCCAAGCUGCUGGUGUUAUACAUACUGAUUUUGAGAAAGGGUUUAUACGCGCUGAGGUAAUAGCUUAUCAAGAUUUUAUAACCUUAGGUGGUGAGUCCAAGGUAAAAGAAGCAGGAAAGCUUAGAGUAGAAGGUAAGGAAUAUCUAGUCAAAGACGGCGAUAUCAUGCACUUUAGAUUUAAUAAUUGGUACUACCCGUCUGCAACCAUAGAUAGGUCUGACCUCCUGAAGCUGUCA